GAAUUGCCCCCCAUUGAAGUGUGCGCAACACCAGAAGAAGCCUGCCCGCAUUCGAGAGAUCCAACAUCGCAAAGCAAAGCAAAACAUACAGCGGGUGGUUUAGUAAAUUUCUUCAGCCUCAGUCAAAAUGGCCAACCCACGAGUCGAGGAGCUCCCGGACGAGGAGCCCAAGAAGACCACGGUCGAGGAGCACGACGAUGACAGCAGCUCCGACUCGGACGGCGAGGGCGAGACUAGCCUGCCCGCCGGCUCGACCGCCGUCAUCCACUCCCGCAACGAGAAGAAGGCCCGCAAGGCCAUGGAGAAGCUGCACCUGAUCCGCGUCGACGGCAUUACCCGCGUCACCCUGCGGCGGCCCAAGAACAUUCUCUUCGUCAUCAACAACCCCGAGGUGUACAAGUCGCCCAACAGCGGCACCUACAUCGUCUUUGGUGAGGCCAAGAUUGAGGACCUGAACGCCUCGGCCCAGGCCGCUGCCGCCCAGCAGCUCGCCCAGCACGGCCACGACCACGACCACGCCAGUGGCGCCCACAGCCACGGCGAGUCCAGCAAGGCCGUCGAGGCCGACGCAAAGAAGGAGGAGGAAGAGGAAGACGAUGACGAUGAGGAGGUGGACGCGGACGGCAUCGAGGACAAGGACAUUGAGCUCGUCAUGACCCAGGCCGGCGUCUCGCGCACCAAAGCCAUCAAAGCGCUGAAGGAGAACGACAACGACAUAGUCAACUCCAUCAUGGCUCUAAGUGUCUGAUCCGGGGGCCUAGGGGCGCUGUCGGCCCGUCGCUUUUAGGCGGGCUCAGCGGAAGGACGCGCCUGCGGAUGGCGUGCAUGACUGUUUGGCGGACAGGGAUCGUAGCCCGGUCGGGACAAGGGACGGUGCAUGGCGAUGCUCGAUUUUUGCUACUUGGUCACGAGGUUAUAACAACAAAAAGAAGAGAGAGCACAUCAGGAACAGAAAUGAAACAUCUGUCUGGGGUA